UGUUACUAUAUAUAUUAAACAUAUAAUAUAUAAUGUGUAAAGUAUUAAUAUAUAUGAAUAUAAAUAUAUAUUUAUAUUUAUUCAUUUAUUUACCAGUCUAACUACAGCCAAAGUUAAGGAUUUCUAGAGGGAAGAAAGUGGAGAUUGUUUUUUAUUCUAGGUGUCUUAUGGGGGACAAAGCUUAAAUAAAUUGCCUUAAUUCUGUGAUAUCUUUCCUUUCUCAUGUGCAAAUGAAUAUUUAAAGAUACAUCUCCAAUUUGUUGCUCUUGUUUGCUGGAAAUUAUUUUUGUUGAGUCACAACAGUUAAUCUAAGUUAAUAUUCACCAUGUUUCUAUUAAAAAGGCAAAGCAAAUAACACUAGUCUCCUUUUACAAAUGAGGACCUUGAGGCAUUUCAAGAUUAGGUUGAACUGUUUCUUUAAGGUCUCUCAGUUAAUAAGUAGCAUAACUGAUGUCAGUACAUGGUCUGGGAUAUCAGUGCUACAGUUCAACAUUCAUUCCGCUCAUCAGAACAAUAAGAAAGAGAGAAGGAAGAAGAAGAAGGGAAAGGAAGAGGAAAAUUAGAAAUUGCUUUUGUUUAUUCUCCAUUAUUCACAGUGUUUAGCACAGCCAUACAUUAUUGUUUUCAAUCUUCAUACUAAUCAUACAUACUUAAUACAUACUAGAUAUUAUUCUAUUUUACAGUUUAGGAAACUAAGUUUCAAAGAUGUUAUAUUCUUUGCUUACAGUCACAUAGCAAGUAUUAGAGAUACUCCAAAACUUGUCUUUACACUGCUGCACAAAACUGACUCUGAGCUGUUCCUUAUUUCCCUAUGGUUUAAAAAAAUAAAUGUUGUAUAAUAUACUUUAAAUUUGAUUUCUGUAGGAAGAGUAGAUUAGAAACAUUCAAAAACAAAGAAACCAAAGUCUGACUGUGAAGCGUGGUGUACUGGUAAUAUCAAUGCUCUUUUAGGGGAAAAUAUAAAUAUGUUUCUGGACUAAAGUGAAAGUGGAGAAUUAAAAGUUGAUAUCAAAACAGAAACAAAGCAAUUUUUUGUGAAGUACACUUUAAUAGCCAUACAGUGGAUCAAAAGAUAUGAUCUCACUUCAUAGUAAAACAGGUCCUGCAAGCCCAGGUAACUCAGGAAGCAGAAUGGUAAUUAUUCACAGAAGAAAGCAGGUAGUAUACUGUUACAAUACUACAGUAGAAAAUCAGAAGGUCACAGAGCUUGCAGAGUAGGUGACAGGACUUGAAACUGCUUGGCCCUCUUUAAAAAGAAAUAAUAAAAUGGGAGAGACUGAAGCAACUUUACCUAACAUGUCUUUGCAAGGUAAAAAGAUGGCCUAUCAAAAGGUCAAUGCAGAUCAAAGAGCUCCAGGACACUCACAGUACUUAGACAAUGAUGAUCUUCAAGCCACUGCCCUUGACUUAGAGUGGGACAUGGAGAAGGAACUAGAGGAGUCUGGUUUUGACCAAUUCCAGCUAGACAGUGCUGAGAAUCAGAACCUAGGGCAUUCAGAGACUAUAGAUCUCGAUCUUGAUUCCAUUCAACCAGCAACUUCACCCAAAGGAAGGUUCCAGAGACUUCAAGAAGAAUCUGACUACAUUACCCAUUAUACACGAUCUGCACCAAAGAGCAAUCGCUGCAACUUUUGUCACCUCUUAAAAAUACUUUGCAUAGCCACCAGUUUAUUUAUUUUUGGGAUUUUCAUAGGUUAUUAUGUACAUACAAAUUGCCCUUCAGAUACUCCAUCUUCAGGAACAGUUGAUCCUCAGUUAUACCAAGAGAUUCUCAAGACAAUCCAGGCAGAAGAUAUUAAGAAGUCUUUCAGAAAUUUGGUACAACUGUAUAAAAGUGAAGAUGACAUGGAAAUUUCAAAGAAGAUUAAGACUCAGUGGACCUCUUUGGGCCUAGAAGAUGUACAGUUUGUAAAUUACUCUGUGCUGCUUAAUCUGCCAGACCCUUCUCCCAGCACUGUGACUCUGAGCAGCAGUGGUCAAUGCUUUCAUCCUAAUGGCCAGCCUUGCAGUGAAGAAGCCAGAAAAGAUAGCAGCCAAGACCUGCUCUAUUCAUAUGCAGCCUAUUCUGCCAAAGGAAUUCUCAAGGCUGAAGUCAUCGAUGUGAGUUAUGGAAUGGCAGAUGAUUUAAAAAGGAUUAGGAAAAUAAAAAAUGUAACAAAUCAGAUCGCACUCCUGAAAUUAGGAAAAUUGCCACUGCUUUAUAAGCUUUCCUUAUUGGAAAAGGCUGGAUUUGGAGGUGUUCUUCUGUAUAUUGAUCCUUGUGAUUUGCCAAAGACUGUGAAUCCUAGCCAUGAUACCUUCAUGGUGUCACUGAAUCCGGGAGGAGACCCUUCUACGCCUGGUUACCCAAGUGUUGAUGGAAGUUUUAGGCAAAGCCGAUCAAACCUCACCUCUCUGUUAGUGCAGCCCAUCUCCGCAUCACUCGUUGCAAAACUGAUCUCUUCGCCAAAAGCUAGAACCAAAAAUGAUGCCUGUAGCCCUCUAGAGCUUCCAAAUAAUGAAGUAAGAGUCGUCAGCAUGCAAGUUCAGACGGUGAAAAAAUUGAAAACAGUUACUAAUGUUGUUGGAUACGUAAUGGGCUUGACAUCUCCAGACCGGUAUAUCAUAGUUGGCAGCCAUCAUCACACUGCACACAGUUAUAAUGGACAAGAAUGGGCCAGUAGUACUGCAAUAAUCACAGCGUUUAUCCGUGCCUUGAUGUCAAAAGUUAAGAGAGGGUGGAGACCAGACCGAACUAUUGUUUUCUGUUCUUGGGGAGGAACAGCUUUUGGCAAUAUUGGCUCAUAUGAAUGGGGAGAGGAUUUCAAGAAGGUUCUUCAGAAAAAUGUUGUGGCUUAUAUUAGCAUCCACAGUCCCUUAAGGGGGAACUCUAGUCUACAUCCUGUAGCAUCACCAUCUCUUCAGCAACUGGUAGUAGAGAAAAAUAAUUUCAACUGUACCAGAAGAGCUCAGUGCCCAGAAACCAAUAUCAGUUCUAUACAGAUACAAGGUGAUGCUGAUUAUUUCAUCAACCAUCUUGGAGUUCCCAUCGUGCAGUUUGCUUAUGAGGACAUCAAAGCAUUAGAGGGUCCAAGUUUUCUCUCCGAGGCCCUUUUUUCUACACGAGCAACAAAAAUUGAAGAAAUGGAUCCGUCUUUCAACCUUCAUGAAACCAUUACUAAGCUCUCAGGAGAAGUGAUUUUGCAAAUUGCCAACGAACCUGUUCUGCCCUUUAAUGCAAUUGAUAUAGCUUUAGAAGUUCAAAACAACCUUAAAGGUGAUCAACCCAACACUCAUCAACUGUUAGCCAUGGCGUCACGCCUGCGGGAGAGUGCUGAACUUUUUCAGUCUGAUGAGAUGCGACCUGCUAAUGAUCCCAAGGAGAGAGCAUCCAACCGCAUCCGGAUGCUGAAUGACAUUCUCCAAGACAUGGAGAAAAGCUUUCUGGUGAAGCAGGCGCCGCCAGGUUUUUAUAGAAACAUCCUGUACCACCUUGAUGAAAAGACAAGCCGGUUUUCAAUACUUGUGGAGGCUUGGGAACACUGCAAACCCCUUGCAUCAAAUGAGACCCUUCAGGAAGCCCUGUCAGAGGUGUUGAACAGCAUUAAUUCAGCUCAGGUUUACUUCAAAGCAGGACUUGAUGUGUUCAGGAGUGUCUUGGAUGGGAAGAAUUGAGAACAGUCUGAGCAUUUUUUAAAGUUUGCUUACAAUUCCACAAGCAAAAGCUCUAAUUUAACCAGAUUUUCUGACAUUGAAGGCUUAUUUUCCCCCAUGGCUUUUUACAAGUAUAAAGCUAUUAUUACAUUGUAUUUUUUAAAUGUAAAUAUAAAAAGAACAUUUUGCACAUUUAAUAUUUUUUGUAUCUACAUUUCUGACUAUGUAAAGCAAGUUAUUGAAAUAGGACUUAAGAAUUACCUAUUAAAAAGAAAUCUGAUAUUUUAUAUAUAAAUACACACACACACACAUACACACACACUAUUUUGAGGAGAAAGUUUCAAGAAGUUCCAGAGUAUCUUUGUUCCUAUGGGCAGAGCAUAUAGGAACACAGUUUAUUCUCUCUGAUAGAGCUAUUAAUGACCUAGUUUCUGUAAAAGAAAUGAAGAGUUGAUAUGGUUCUGAUUAACUUCACUAUUAAGUGUUCAAUAUGAAGAAUUCAAGUAUUGUGACUGAGUGAUUGGUUGACCUAAACCACUUUGAAUGUUUCUAUUUUAUGAAAUGAAGUUUCUCUUCCUAACACAACUAGAUGUAGUAAUACACUGGUUAUGAAAUUGUAUUUUUUUAAGUAUUAAUGAAAAAAGAGCCAUAAGCAUUCCAGGGAAAAAUCUCCAGGUAGCUACACAGAGCAAUUUAAAUGCAAAUUUUUUUCAUAACAACUUACAAGGUGACUAGCUUUGAAACCCCUAAUUUGCCUCAGUUGAUUUUCUAAGACUUUCAGGAGUGAUGUAUGUCUUAAGAGGGAGAAAAAAUAUAUCUUACUACUUUUUCUCUUGUUUCUUUUGGAAACACUGAAACAGGGACUACUCUAAAAUGAAAGCAUCUCACAUUGGUUUUCUUUCUUGUAUCUUUUCUGAAACUCCUUGCUGUAAGGCAGCUUUCACAGAGUACUAUAUAUUUUCCACAGUAAAGUAGCAAAGUUUCUCUUUGAAACCCAAAAUAUCUUCUAAAGCAUCAAAUUUCUAUUUCUGCCUCUGACAAAAAGAACUUACUAUGAAAGAAAUAGUUGUUUUUAUCAAUAAAAUCUCCUUAAUACUAUGAAGAAAUUUUGGUAUUUUUUCUUCUUUAUCCUUAAUUGUGACUAAGAUGGAAAUCUAGAAAAUAUUCAUGCUUCUAAGUUUCUACAGGGUUACUGUAAGAGAGUGUCUCAUCUACACUUCAAUUCUUCUCUCAUGUGGAAAACUAAGUUUUUUAUAUUGACAUUGUCGUUGAAUAGCUCUAGCAAUUAUUAUUAUUCUCCCAAACACUAACAUUCUACCUAUUAAGUAUCAGGUUAAAGUUCUAGUUUAUCUUUAGAAGUUUAUUUGAAAAAUGGUUUUCGUAUACUGGAUAAAGCAAUUCCCCUUAGGAAACAUAGCCUCAGAGUAUUUCAUAUAAAUUUUCUCUACCUAAUUCAAACAUACUUCCCCAUCAUACACCACCAGAGCAACAUUGCAAAUAGUCUGUGUAUAUUUAAAUUUUCACUUUUUAUGGAUGAGCAUAAACCUAGUCUUAGUUUAAAGGCAAACUAAAGUUGAGGGAAGAUAAUUAAUCAAUAUCCAUUAAUUGAUUUAUAAGGUUCAACACUUUCUACCCUAAAUUAUUUUUAUACGCUCAAGGCAAAGCAUGGAAUUGAGGCAAUUAGCUAGAUAAUUCAAGCAGAAACCCAUUUUCAUGGAAAUUGCCUGUGUGCACAUAUUUUUAGAUGAAAAAUGAAACUACCUAACAAUAUUAUUUUUUACCAAUGUAUUUGUUUGAAAACAUUUGCCAUGUUGAAGAAUGUGUAUAGGAAAGGGCUAGAAAUAAACAGGCUUGUGCAUACCGAGACAUUCGUGAUCUUUCUUCCUCUUCAGAGAUCAUCAGAAAAGAGGUGGGAAUACACAUGCAGGUGCAUGUGAGCCCAAAUGCCAGAAAGUCUUAUACCAGAAGAACUUAAAUAUUUAACCACAGGUUGAUGUGUUCAUUCCUGUUAUUCAUUUACAGAUGAAAUUAAAACAAAGAAAGGCAAACUAUUAUCAGUUUGGUAGUUCACUCUUUUAGAGCAAAUUUCUAAAUGAAUUUAUUCCCAUAACCUGCAAUAGCACUGAGAGCAGAAAAUAUGUUUCUUCUUCAUCUUUGUUUAAAGAUUGCGUACCUAGGUAAGUCACAUUGUAUAGAUAAGAACCUUCUGUAUUCCUCACCUGUAAAUUAAAUGUUAUUUGCUAUUUGAAAACUGUAGUUAACUAUGGUUUUUAUUAGUCUAUUAAGAGAUAUGUGGAGAAAUUUAAUUAUAACUAAAGCAGAUGUCCAAAAUUCUAUACAUGCUGCUUUACAUCUUUGCAACAAACCUCUUAACUAGCAGCAUUAUUUCUAUAGUGUGAUUACCUGAGAGUGCCUCCAAAUGUAUAUCAUUUCACUCCCCUCCCCACCCCACCCCCAAUAGAUCCAAAUAAAUAAAAUCCUGAGCAAGUUAAUAGCAAGUGUUAUGUGAAUUGGUAGUAGGUUUAAAUUGUUGCUGAGUUGUCCAUAUGCCUGGUGCUUCUCACAAUCUUUCAUACAUAGAAUCGUGCCUAGGAAAUAAUGAAUCAUGAAUAUUCUCUGAAGAAAAUGUGGCAAAGGCGUAACAGUGAAAUUUAUGUUCAGGCAGGGUAUGCAUGAAAUACUGCCUUUUAUGGAAAAGCGUAAGUCUCAGAAUCAAAAGAAAGCCUAAGAAGGAUUCUGGUCUAAGCCCUGAGAUCUUGCCUUCAGCCAGAGAAGGCACUAUCGGUUACCCCCACCAGAUGUAAUAACUAAACCCAAAGCGAAUAAGAAACUUGGACAUAGUCGUGUAUUUAGUUAGUAACAAAAGCACCACUGGAAUUUAAGCUUCUCUGCUUUCUCAUGCAGUAUAUCUUGCUUUUCCCUGAGGAGACAGGGUUAUAAACGAUCUUUUCCAGUGCAUUCUAUGUAACCAGCCAUUCUAUCAGAUGUUGCAUGGGCUGGUUUUAAUUCAAGGCUAGUUCUUUCUCUGACUGUACCUGACAAACAAAACUGUCCCCAGGAAUUCGGGCAAAGGAAACAAAGACUGCGUACUUGAGAGAACGUGGGGAGAGUCCUUACAGAACACCAGAAGUCAGGAAGAAGGACAUUGAGCAAACUAUUUCCGUGAGAGGGCAAGUUAGGCCAGUGUUAACUAAACAAUCUAAAUCAUCGUUUCUCAAAAUGUGAAAUUUAGAAAGACAGGGCUAGGAAUCUACGUCUUCAGCAGGAUUUCUGGAUGUUUCUUACACACACUGAUGUUUAAGAAUUUCCAAUCUACGUUAAUCAUAGGUUCCAACGUAGGUUCCAAGAAAAUGCUAGUUGACAUUUCUAGAUAGAUUGAAGAGUCACAGUAACAAGAAAGACAUAAAUCUUUGUUAUUAAUGGAAUCAUUAUGAGAAAAGAAAAGUGGACCCAUUUUAUCCCUAAGAAAACAAUUCAGUUGCAGCUUAUAUUUGCGCUUGCUACAUCCCAGGCACUGGUGUUCUAGAAUUUUCCCAUGUAUUUUUUUUUUUUUAAUUCCCACAACAACACAUUUAAAAAUGAGAAAACUAGGUUGAGUGACUUGUCCACAGUUCCAAAGCUAAUAAAAAUGAUGAGGCAUGUUUCUCUUCUGGGCUCACUGUAUUCAGUUCUUUGUUCUUACACUGAGUGCUGAAAAAAAAAAAAAAUCAGACUAUUUUCAUUCUAGAAAGUGAUAUAAUUGGAAAUUUUAACAUAUUUCUCCAAAACUGAUCAGACUGUGCAGUCUGCAAUUUUUUUUUGGUAUAAUAAAAGGGUUCGAAGAAACAAAUGACGUCAUUCCUGAUGAUGGUAGCCCCUCCAACAAUGGUGUAUAUAUGUAGGUAAAGUUUGAAGGUAUCUAAAGAGCAUGAAAAGGCAAGUGCACCAUUGUGGAAUCUCAUGACAAGUAGGCUUACAAACAGUAAAAAGAGACCAGAAACCACAAGUCUUACACUUUCCUUCUCUAAAUGCUUACAUAAUUUCAAUUAAAAAAAGAAAAGCAGGUGCUGUGAUUUAGAACCACAGUUUUAUGUUAUUUUUAAAAAUUCAGAAUAACCAACUGACUUUUUUUAUUAAAUAAAUGUAGAACAUAUAGUAAGUUUCCCCAGAAGAAAGAUAGAUGUUCACAAAAAUAAAAUAAAUACUUAUUUGUGACCAUCUUACUAAUGAUGAAUCAGCAUCUUUGCCUCAAAUGAAAAUCUAUAAUUAUUUGUACGACAAAUUGGUAGACCUAGCCAAAAAUGUUCUCAUGAGACAUUCUGUGAUAUGUGUAAUUGAUUACUCCAAAAAUAAAGCUUUCUCUGAGGGUAACACAUUGUCAUUUCAUUGGUUUAAUGGGCUAUUUAAAUGUGCCUUAGCCGCACAUUUGCUUAAUAGAAAGGAAUUAUUUUAAACUACCAAUCCAUAUGUUGAGUGGAAAGGAAGUUGGCCCACAUAUUCCAAUAAAUAUAUCAGCAACAUAACAGUUUCAUCACGGGACCAUGAAUACAGUGCAGGGAAAAAACAAACAAACAAUACAAUAUUUGAGAAAAUAAAUACUCUGCCCAGCCACACUAGUGAGUUUUUAUUUCUUUUAUGAGUUUAAAUUAUCAACUUUAAAAAGCCUCAUUAGAAUUUGCUAUUCAGAAAGACCUUAAAAACCCUCACAGAGUUCUAAGCAUCCCAUUCAUUGAAAAUACUUUUCAGUUAAGUAGAUUUGUUUUGUGCACUUCACAAUUUUAGGUGACAUGAAUUUGAAGCGCAGCAAAAGAAAUGUAUAAAAGAUAGCCUUUUCUGGUCAUUACCGUGUCUACUCAAGUUUCUGUUUUCUAGGUACACUCUAACAUUGUAAUUUUUCCCCCUGAGAAGUAAUUUUAAGAUCUAUCAGUCUCAAUUUAAAUGAUCUGUUAAUCAGCCAGAGUUUUAGUUUCAUAAUAUCGUUCCAUUGUCUGACAAAGAUAUACACACUAAAGUGCCUUUAGCGGGCCUGGGACUGUCUAGAAUCUUGGUACCCUGAUUAUUGCAAGAAGACAUAUUUCUUAAAACAUUUAUAAUCUUAUAUUUGGAUUUAAUCUGAAUUUACAAAUAAAAGGGUUAAAUUGAGGCAGUUUCAAGUAGCAUUUAAGAAAAUGAAGUGGCUUCAAAUUUUAAUGUUUCUGGUUAGAUUAUUUUGUUUAAAUUAUACAAUUAUAUAAUUUUCUGUAACCAAAAUGGUAAUUUUGAUGGAUUUUUUAAUGCCAAAAUCCAAUCAUCAAGGCCAAAGAAAUGCACGAUUACUCUGCUGUCUUAUGUACGAUUCAGUCAAGAAUUAACUCAGAGGCAUUUGAUUCAGUGCUUACAUCUAGACAAAGUUUUAAUGAGUGCAGACACAGCCUAACAAUAUUUCAUUUAAUUUCUUUGAGGGCUUAAGCCAAUAAACACUGCGGUAGCUUUUCUCAGAAGGAAACAGAUUUUAUUUUCCAGGUGCUAAUUAAUAUGUACCACCUAAGUCCCCAAAGGAUCACACAGGUGCCUGUAUCAUGCCAUAUGUCAUGUGCUAUAUUCCUGCAAGCUCAAGAGAAUAAUAUACCAUCAUUAUUAUGAAUUAUUAUGUUGCAUUGAAGUUAAUGUCAGUCUUUUUUUCUAAUUAAAGUACAAACUUGGCAUGUGAAUAGAAGCUUAGCUAGAGAAGUGGAGUUACAGUCCCUAUUUUAAUGAACUACAUAUAUUUUUCAAUCAAAAUGUUUAAUUAUUUAAUUAUCUAGCCUGCUUGGUAAUCAUAACUCUCCAACUUCUUCAAAGGACCUUUAUUCAAUAUGUUACCACUCAUAUGGUCAUUGCUUAGUGUGUGUUUUAUAUUUUGAAUUUCUUAGAUGCUUUCAGUGUAUGUGCUGGUGUUUUAUUAAUAUUAAAAAUUUUUGUUUACUUCUAUAUCAAACUGCCGCAAAUGGACUACCUUAUUUUGAAAGUUAGAAUAAAAUGCUAUUACUCUCUAAGCAGAACUUUA